AAAUUGAUAUUAAUGUAGCAUAUUCAAAACAGCCUCCAAUCUUUCAAAUUCAAGAAUUUUUUAGAUAUAUUGAAUAUUAUUUAGUUCAUGAAUUUGAAGGAAAACAAUAUAUGCUUGCAUAUGUUCAAUGGAUCAAAAAAAUAUUUGAAAAUAAUUUAGAUCUUCAAUUUUUUAAAACUAUAGACAAUACAGAAUUUAUUAAUAUUAGU